AUGCAGACUGUUGCAGCUCUUAUUCUAUUAAUUACUCAAGUUGCCCUCGGACAAGACUACAAAGUUGCUGUUAAAGGGAAUAUCUUUCAAUUGGAUAUGGCACCGAAUUCGGUUGAUGACCAAUAUGAUGGUUGUCGAGAGAAAAUGUCAAAUCUGGUGUCGACAGUAUUUCUAGAGAAAGAAACCUCUGAGAAUUAUAUAUUUGCAGCAGCUUGGAAAGAAGUUAAAAUAAAUGUCCCAGGCCCUGAAGAUAACUUGACCAGGAACCAUUUAAUCACCAUUUAUAUGUACACUCAUAACAGAGUAUAUAAUGCUUUCAAUGACACUGUACAUAAGGUUUUGAAUAAUGCUGUUCGUAACGAUAAACCAAAAUACAUAAACAAAACAUACACAUGGUACUCACUUCAGUUUUUGUUGACAGAAGCGAUACAGAUUCUGAAUGAAACACAGAAGACAUGUCAAAAAACAUAUCGUGGUACUACAAAUAAAUAUGAUGUUCUGAACAAAGAUGUUCGUUUUGGCUCAUUUGCAUCAUCUUCUCUCGAUCAAACAGAAGCAGAGAAAUUUGGAAAUGUGUCCUGUUUUGAAAUUGAAACUUGUGAAGGUGCUGAACUGACUAAAUAUUCUGCCUUUCCCUAUGAGAAAGAGGUGUUGAUUCCUCCAUAUGAGAAGUUUAAUCUCACUGAUAUCAAGAAUGGUUCCUGGUGUGACACUGUAUAUGUGCUGAAAAGUUCUGGAACAGCAAGUAACCUGAACUGUGCUGUGGCAUCACUGGCACCAUGA